AUGGAAAACCCAAUGGAGAGUGCGAAAUGCAAUGUGAUAUACGUUCACCGCGCUGUUUCUGAGGACCGACAUGUCCAGUCAAGUCAUGGUUUAUCUGGCAGCGGAGUGUCUGGCUCGCUCGAGGACAAUGUCCGUCUCAUUUCGAGCGCUUUCGAGAGUGGGGAAGCUUGCCUGGGCCACUUGCGGAUGCUUGACUCGGAGCCGUCGACCAAAACCAAACCAACAAUCAUUUUCCUAGACACCCCCGCUCAGGAGCCAAUACCAGGCAAUAAGUGGUGGGAAUUUCCCACCGAACCGGAUCUCUAUGGGUUUGACUUGCUGCAAUGGAUAGAUGGAGACUCACGCGCCAAGAGGAUGUCUGACCUUGUCACAGUGGUUCCUGUGGUCACUCGGCAAGACAGCUCGCUGGCUAUCGAUCCCGAAGUUCUCAGGUCGUUGCGAAUUCAACUUGUCUCCCGUGGGGCUACCGAUGCUGUGUUGAGCCCACUCCGCUCCAGUUGUCUUGACGACAUCAGGGUACAUGUUGAACGGGUGUGCCGAAAUCGAAAUGCAUUCAGCCCACAUGGAAGAAACAACAACAACAACCUAGUCGGCGAGACCAUGAUAUCAACCCUCCUGCCCGACCUCUGUACUUCAUUUCAAGGAAUCGACGUCCCCCUCAACUGGGAGGAAACUCGCAUUGAUGCCGAAAAAAAGGCCCUGCUUUCGCACGCUAUCGGCCAAUUUCAAUUUGACGCUCCGCAAUUCGAACGCGAAGAACUGAAGGUGGCGGCGUCACUCAUAUUCGAGCAUGCCUUUUCAGCGCCUGAGCUGGCCCCGUGGCGGUUAGAGAGAGGACAACUGCAAGCCUUUAUUGACGCUUGCUGUGCCGCGUAUAAGAGCGAUGUGGAAUAUCACAACUUUUGCCACGUGGUCGACGUCUUGCAACACAUUUUCCACACUCUUGUUCGCAUAGGAGCAUUGCCUCCCUAUCCACCUACCUCUAACACCACUCCCAGGCCUACCUCAGACUCUGAGUUCGCGCAGUGCAUCGAGCCUCACAUAGCGCUCACACUCCUCGUCACCGCCAUUGGUCAUGAUGUUGGGCAUCCAGGAGUCAACAACGGCUUCCUGGUGAAGACCAACGACCCGCUCGCCCGAUUGUACAGUGAUCGGUCCGUUUUGGAGUCCUAUCAUUGUGCCGCCUUCACGGAUAUCCUCCGCAAGUACUGGCCCAAAUUCUACAAAUGCGCCACCAUGAAGAAGCUUGUGAUCGACUCCAUCUUGGCCACCGAUAUGGGUGUGCACGACAACUAUAUGGUGCAACUGAGGGGUGUUUUGGACAGGAUCCGCAAGGCUCGCGAAGGACAAGAGGACGUGGCUCGAAAUCACUCGCCUUUCCACAUGGAUAUGGAGCCGAAACAGACGCUGAUCUGUGCGCUUUUGAUCAAGUGCGCCGACAUCAGCAACGUUGCUCGAGGGUACGACACAGCCGUGACAUGGAUGCAUACCCUGUCCAGGGAAACGGCCCAGCAACGACAAAAAGAGAGAGAGAGAAACGUGCCGACGUCCGUUCACUCGCUGCCUGGCAAUGACCAGCUGACUCUUGCUUCGAACCAACUGUUGUUUAUGAAUAAGUUCGCAGCUCCCCUGUUCGUGGGCGUGGCGGAACUCAUUCCGGAGUUGAGUUUCUGCGUCGAGGCAAUCAAGGAGAACAAAUUGAAGUUCGAGGCCAUCUUGAAAGACGGGGAUGAGCAUGAGAGCUCGCCCUCUCAAACGGAUUUCCCCAAUGCUCAAAGGCCAAACUCAUCACAAAAUUCCAUGCAGCCCGCAGCCAGCCGGCCAAAUCCCCCCGAAAUCAACGGCAUCAACACAAGCUUUGACGCGGUGGACGACGAUUCGCACUCUCACUGUGCCCACAGGCAGCGAUGCAGCGAGACGACCGAGCUGAGCUCAGCACCAGACAGUGCCGGUACAGGGAAGAUGCCCCUAUCACCCAGCACGCAGGGAACGAGCAUUGUGAGCAUCAAUUCGUCGGUUGACCCUCCCGUCAGUUGUGCAGUGACAAGCAGCACUCCGGAUUCCUUCAGGAACCAGGGGAAAGGGGCUUUCCAGCACCAAGCCUCGCCAAACAGUGGAUACCUGAAUGGAAACACUAAUCUUGGUGGAUCUGACACACAAAUGGGCUUGGCUCCGGGCGGACAGUUAAAGAAGAAAACCAGCUUUAUCCAGAGGUUCGGGGAUAUGUGGAAGAGGUCUCCUAAAAGUUCGAGCCCAUAGCUCCGCCACGCAUUUGGUCGGACGAGUUGAGGAGCAGUCCCCACUGCGACUUCACCUACCCGACAGAACUCGAACCUCCUUCGCACGCAGGCAAGUGCAGGAGCAUACAUUCGCAUACCGCAUCACCCAUUUCCAAUGCUUGCCGAGACCUACUCAGUCUUCGGGUCCGCGGCAUUGUGUAGUCGCCCUUUCCAUCAGCCGCGCCGACGACGACGACGAAGAAGAAGAAAAAGAAUGUGUACGAGUUAGUUAACACUGUAGGGGAGCUCAAGGAGUCUUGUUCUGCAUGUUACUUUGGGGAAAUGCAUUUGUAUUGUAUAAUAAGGGUUCAGGGACAAGGCUCGGGGACGCAAACCUUUCUUCAUUCUAUUUUAGCUCUUCUUUUUUUCUUUUCUCGAUUUGGUCUUUUUUCAACCUUCUUUUUGGGCAUGAUUGAUGGACCCUCCCCUUUUCUUGUCCGGUCAUCGGAUAAGAUACCUUUUUGUUUUCUUUGAAAGAUUAGGAUGCCGGAAAGGCAUCCGGGAUUACGGAUUCUUGAAGUGGGUGUUUUGAUAAAAAGGGGGCGGGUCAGGGAAGGGGGGUUUGUAGAUGGAUGGGGUAGGUUGGAAGGGCUUAAAGACAUGGAAAUCCGGGGGGGCUAUAAGACAUGAAUUAAUCAUUCAUAGCACUGAUUGGUUGCCACAUUCUUGUUGUUGUUUUGCUCUCUUGUUUUCGUGAUGGCUUUUUUUGUUGUCUUUACGCGUACGACAGUUUGUGUGUUUUGGUGUCUACUCGUUUGGACUUGACAUUGUUUUGCUUCCCCUGUUUUGUUUGUUACAUUCGUCCUUAUACACACUCCCUAGACCACAUGUAUUAAUGCCGUUCGAUAUUAGAAGUUAUUUUCUUGAUAUUUUGUUUCCUUGGCUCAAUCCCCAUUUCGACAUACUCAUGGUUACAGAGCCGGAGAGUAUCAGAGGAGGAAGCAGCACACAGAGAAGACCGUCACGACGACUCGAUAGAGAGACGACACACGACGACACACGGUCAAUACGACACAGACACACAGACAUACACUCACACACUCACAGAAGAAACGCAGCACACGACGAUGGUUCCACUCUCAGGGCGAGGACACCACACGAUGGCGAGCAUACGAAGAGUGAUAACCUGACUCACGACUGUCAAGACCACAAUAUGUGGUCAUGACAUUCCCACGAGCGAAGAAGGAUAUAGCCGAAAGGCUGUGCCAUGGUCGAGGGAGGAUUCCACGAAGACGACCCAGAAAGCAGAAGAGCAACACGACGGAUCUCGGCAACACACUUGACCCAAAGGACGCGACCUCGGGACUACAAACUGCAACAACAGCAAUUUCGAUAUCUUACAACCACAUUUGAGGGCGACCACCCACCAAGACAACCACACAAACACACCCACACACGACGACAAUAUAAAACCACACAUAACAGCAGAAACCUCGACUAUAAAGGGGAGACGGUACCAGCCUCGAAAAAGGUGCCUCCCAAACGGCUUCUUCCUGGCCUCUCUGUUUCAUGGCAAGGUUUAACACUGAGCAGUCUACAUCUCGGUCAACAGGACCAGGAGUUAACACCAAUAACAUGGACGAGUUUCGACACCGAUAUACAAAGGGCUGUGGCGCAUUCAUCAUCAUCAUCAUCAUUACAUCUCACUUCAAGAGUCCCUUUUUAUUUUUUAUUUUUAUGUGCACUGGAAUCACGGUCAACAUUGGAGUUGUGCUCUUACAUUACUCCCAAGUCUUUCUCUUUUACAUGAUGCUUCAAGAUCUU